GUGUGAAUGAUGAAGCAGAUGUCUUUAAUUACCUCUCCAAGGCAAUAUAAAAGAAAAAAAUGAAAUUGUGAUACAUACAUACAGUUUUUUGUCUUAUUGUCCUCCUUAAUCUGAUAUUGUGACCUUCUUCAAUUGUCCUAAAAUACAAUAUUUCCUCAUAUUUAACACACACUACUACACUAUCUGACUUUUCCUGUUUAAUUGUACAAUAACAAAUUCGUCAUGCAAUCAGGACAUGUACAAUUACAACUAACUGAUGAAAGUUCCCAAUUUCCUUUUCUUAUAAAUCUGUUGUUUCUUGUGUGUUUAAAAAUACAACUGUCUCAUCCCACACUUUCCUUGUUGUGGUUCACACUUGAAGCCACAGUCAAUAGGAAAUGGGCUUUCUGAAGCUGAAUUCCUCUUGACUCACAAGAUAAGGAUGCAUGUCAGGGCAAACCAAUUAGUUCAGGAUGCUCUCCCCUUUGGCUGCGGAGGCCACUACAGACAGCCAUGGCCCCAAGAAGGAAGGCCUGCUUUGGGCCACAUCACACAGAGCGGGGCCCCCUGUGGUCACUCCGGGCACUGCGUCUUCCUAUUGCUCUAUUGUGGGCUCUGUAUUGAUGUUUUUGUUUAGAGUCCAGCUCCCUUUUGUGUUGUUUAUGUGCAUUCUUUAUUUGGGGCUGAUCUCUGUGUGUGUCCCUGGGCAUCUCAAAAGAAAUUCGUGGCUGCGUUUUUCUUUCAUGAUGAGAGUUGAAAGGAGCGGACUGAGAGGAGGGGGAUGAAUUGGGAGUUAUGGAGUCCAUGUGUGGAGGCCUACAAAGGACAGCAUGUCUUAUUAGAAAUACAUGCAUGUGUUUUGAUGUAUCCACAAGGAAUUAGGACUGGAGCCAUUGGAUGUUGAAACCAGACAGUCAACAACCUUAUGGAGUGUCCUCAGUGCAUAGUUUCUAGAAAAAAUAUUUUCAUUAAUACAAAUGGCAUACAAAUAAAUGCAAAUAAUAAAUUUCCUUCAGGAUAAAUAAAGUAUUAUCUAUCUGUCUAUCUAUUUUUGUGCAAUUGUGCAAUUAAUACAAUUUUAAUUCAGAUCUGUUGACUAAUUUCUAAUUGUGAAUUAUCUGGAUCUUUUAGAGCUACCAUCCGUGCGUUUAUUUUAUGUAUUUUUUUCACCAUUAGAUGAGAGAUGUGAAAUCUGUUCAUCAAUAUAUCAAUGGCUUUAAACAUAUAGUAUGCGUUAUUCAUUCUUUUUAAACCACUAUGGACACCUGCCGGUAUAUUAUUUAUAUAACAGUAUCACAAGCUUUAAAGUUCCUAUAUUACACAAAAUUGAAUUGUUUUAGUUUAGUCAUGUUAUAAUGCUCUUAUGUCCUCAGAAACAUACCUGGAGUUGUGUUUUGUUUCAUUUGAGAUUUUUUUUAAUUUUUAUUAGUCUGUCUGUCUGCAUCUCCAAAGCUUAAAAUGCCCUGUUCCACCUUGUGAUGUCAUGUACUGGUAGUUUUCAUGUUAACAGCUACUUUUUACCUUUAGUUCAUUAGAGAUUGGUAAUUGAAGGGCUGAAACAAUCCAGAUGAUUCUAGUGAAGCGAUGUGGAGUUUAAAACACAGUGAAACAAUUCCUGUUAUAUUACAUGACAUCACAAGGUGGAACGGAGUGUUUCCUAUUUGAGAGAAGAACAUAGCCUAAAUGCAUGGUUUAUGUAUUAAACAUUCUAGGUAUGAUUGAUUUUGAAGAGAAAACAACAUUAUAAAUAUCAGAAAAUUGUGUAAUAUGGACCCUUUAAAGUUUAAAACAGUCAGUUUUGUAAUAUAAUGGCGCAUACCAUCUGUGUGGGAUAUGGUUUGACUGCUCUUACACUCAGAGUAAAUAAAUGACUCUCUAAACGUGGUCUGGUUGCUUACUGGUCAUUGUCGGGUCAAAAAAACACAUUUAUUCAGUGUUUUCAUUUUCUUCACACAGGUAAGAAAUGAGGAGGCUGCUGCUUUGGUUGAAGGACUUGAUCGAUCUGGCUUUUUAGAGGAAACAUUUUUGAGGACUGAGCACUUAAACCUUUGCUGCACUUCACGUUACGGCUGCAGUAGAACAGAAGAGAAGAGGCUGUUUUAAGCUUGAAGAGUGAAUAUUCAAUCAUUCAUUUGGUGGUUUCACAAGAUAAUGUGCUGGAAAGAUUGGAGUUACUGCAAAGAAGAAAUAAAGAUUGUACAAAAGGUUGCAAAGCUGUAUUAACUUCCGUUUAAGCUGUAUGGCUAACUUGAGCUUGAACUUCAUCAUAUUUCAAUGUUUUUCAAGAUAAAGCAUUACACACAAACUCACUGUACUCAGCGAAUCACAAAAUAAAGUUGACAGUUAAGUUUUAUUUAGCUCUCUAAUGUUUUGCUGUUUAAGGUAAAUAUCAAAUACAUGUUGCUGUUUUUUUUAAAUUCUUCACUGCAAAAAUGAGAAAAUGAUCUUUCUUCCAGUCAGACGAAUUUUUUUAGGUAAAUGAAAUGUUUUGGGUUAGAGUUGUGACAUUCACUUUUUUUCCACAUUUUUUGUGAGAAACAUUAAGAGUGUGGGUGUCUCGGUGUAACAUUUGACUUAUUUGCUGCAAUAGAAAUCUAUUAAGUGUUAAUCAUGUUUUAACUGAUAUUAAUGAUUAUUAAUAACAUUAUUAACAGUCAGAGAGGGGUUUCCUUUCUUUCGCAACACAGCGCGCGCGAGCGCACAAUGGUACUGCUGCAAAUUAUGACUCCCAAAUGCCCCACAGUCUUUAAGACCAAAUAUAACCAAGGACUUUUGAGGAGUGUGUGAUGGAUUAUAAACAUCACUUAAACCUGUCACGACAGUUACUAUAUCAAAUUAUCGUUCAAUGGGUGUCAGUUUUUUGGGGGGGUACCACCUUCUUUGUGGGAAAGUUUUGGUUAUUUUUCUGUUGUACAAUAAGAUUUGAGCUGAAUAGUGUUGGAUAGAUAUAUAACUUAUGUCUCAUUUUAGAUGUGGGCCUAUCCUAUCUACUUAAGAUAUCUGCUAAUUCUGCUUUUUAUUUUUCCCAAAUGAUUUUGGGGAUAUUUUUUCAUUAUGGUGUCCGUGGUAUAACAUUAGUUUCAAUACUAUCAUUUAUCGUCUGUAUUUUCUCCAGCUGUUUUCAUGGGCCGCUCCACAGACCUCCACAUAUUACAAGUUUUACGGAGAUGUCUUGUUGAGUCUUUGAUAACUAUAAAACCGAAUAACGUCGGACUUGGACAGAUGACUCCUGAUAGAUGUGUGUUCUUUUUGUGAUAAGUUUGACCUCUGCAAUAGCGCCCCCUGCUGAAUAAACUACCAACAGAUGUUGGUAGUUCACAAAGACACAACUGACACCAGACUGUCUGUACCAAAGCAUUGGUUGAUUUCUCCAAAUAACGCCGAAUACACAUCUGCAGGAUAAACUGCUGCUAUGAGAGCACACUCUGAUACUUUGCUUUAUUACUUUCAUACUUUGUCAUAAAACAGCAAUGUUUACAAGAUCACCUGUAGGUGGCGACAAAGACCUAAACACUGCACCGGUCUAUACAGCAAGGAUGACUUCAACUCACUGACUGUACAACAGGAUUGACUGUUUUUAAGUUAAGUUUUAUUUUUAUUAUUUAAAUAUAUUUUGAAGCUUUAAGGAUUCUUAUUAAAUAUCUUAAAAUUAAAUCAAUGAUAUUUCAAUACUGAACUAGAGGUUAAAUGUAAGUAUUACACAUGACAGUAUAGUACAUCUGUGAUACUUCUUAUAGUCAAAUAAUCUCUUCAAGAUUAACCUUUGUAAUAUAACCUCAAGCUAAUGUCCUUUAGCAGAGUCCAUGCCCCUCUGUGUUAAGAGUGGUGCAGAGUGUCUUAUAUUUAGCACCAGACCCGGAGAACAGCCAAAGAUAGUUCACCUCAAAAUUAUUUUAUUCAAGAAGAAUAAAAAAGUUAUGACCUAACAUCAUUCAAAAACAAAAUGCCAGAUUGAUCUGGCAUUUUGUCACAGGACUGUGAUCAGAUAAAAAUGAAUUCAAUUAAAAUAAUAUUCCAGGGGAAAAAAAGUUGAAUGUUCCACAUAAAAAUGUAUAUUAUCUGAUGACAACAGUUUAUUUCCUUGUGUGAUAAUUUAUUGUAAAUUAUUAAAGGUCCUAUGUUAUGUAAAACUGACUCCUCUGAGCUUUUAGCCCUGUUAUAAUGCUGUUACUUUAUCAGAAACACUGGAUUGUGUUUUAUUUCAUUCACACGUUUCAGUUCCACCUUGUGAUGUCAUCAAGUGGUAAUUUUAAAGUUAAGUUUUUUGUUUUGUUUUUUCUCACUUAAACAGUUUACUCUACAAUAUUCUAGAAUAAGUUUUUGGCUUUAAAUAUUUUGUUUCAAUGAGCUUGUCAAUAAAAAGUCUCUAAUACCUGCUGGUGCAUCGAUGAGUAACGCUGUUUCAAUGGGGCUAAAACAAUAUCUGUAGCUUCAAAACACAGUGGAGCAUUUCCUAUAUUAUCUUUUAAUGACUCAAGGUGGAAAAGACUAUUUUCAGUUUGAGAGAAGAACACAGUCUAAAUAUGCAGGAUUUGUGAGUUAAACAUGUGUAAAUAAAACAAAACUCCAGGUGUAUUUUUGAUGAGGAAACAAUUUAACAUAGAUCAGAAAGUAGUGCAAUAUAAGAUUUUCAGCCGUAGAUCUCACUCUACUUUAUUUUUUUCCGUCAAUUAAUUAUUUUGCUGAUGAAGAUACAUCAGGCACAAAUAAUGGUUUCAACAACUUAUCUCCCAAGCUUACAUAAAUAGUCAGAAUUCCAUUUUUGUCAGAAAGGGCAUCCAGUCUAAAACAUGUGCCAUAUAUUUUGUAGUCUCUGUUGUGUAUUUCGUGUUCAUUUCUCUCUCUCUAGUUGUAUAGUACAAUGUAAUUUGAUAUGAUCCAAAUAGACAUGUUUCUUUCUGGGGUCCAGAAUACACACUUCUUCAGUACUUUAUGAAGAUGUGAGUCUGGUCACUGGUGAAUCUACGUAUUCAAAUAGGCAUGAUUGACAGGUGAAUUAGCCAAUCAGAAGCACGCAUGGUCCACUGUAUUGGGGGAAAAAAAUAAAAAAUAAAUAUCAUAGGGAACUGAAAAACAUUGCGGAUUUCUGCAAAAUCAAUGAGUGAGGCACUAAACUGAGGUGACAUAAAUUUGAUUUGAUUUGUAAGUGAUGAGUGACCAUUGAGCCCCUUCGUUUCACACAUGUCACUGAUAAAAAGACACAUCUGAUUGCACAAUCACAGAGGGCAUGGGGGACCAGACCGAUAUUGAUCUGUAUAAAAAAAUGUAGAGAGAUAUCAUUGUGGAUUUCCAGGCAAUGCUUAUAAGAGUAUUGAGUAGUGGCUAUAUUUAAAACUCAUGGGUUCGUUCUCCUCACACUUUUCCCAGAGUCUGUUUACAUGCCCCACGCCCAACCACAUGCUCAGCUGAGAUACAUCUGCUAUUGGCCCAACCCUAAAUAACUCUCCUUCUGACUGACUGAUCAACUGCCCCCCCAACCCAUACCCCCACCCCAUACCCCACCAAAGCUUGUCCCAUGCAGAGGCCGGAGGUGGGACAGAGAAGCGUGCAAGUGUGUCACCAGAGGAUAGUUAAAAUAUGACUAGAGAGGUUUGUGAUGUUAAACCAUUUCUGAUUUCAGUCUUGUAUGUAGAUAUAGUAUAGCUGUUUGUAUAGGCAAGUGGACUAUUUAUGUGCUUCAAACUAUUGUGAAACUGGACUAUUUGUUACCUGGUGGGAUUUGACAUAGUUCUGGAUACAUGGAUAUGAGUUUUUUUUUUCUAAACAGGUGAGUGUACCACAAGAACUUAAAAGUGGGACAUCGCUAUGAAUGGUUGAGAGAAAAAGUGAGACAGAACUGGCACAUUUGGGUCAAAGCAGCUGACCUCUGGAGAACUACAAAAACUGCAAAUGAAGAAAGCAAGGGGAUUUAACAAUUGAAGAGCUGAAGAAGAGAAAACAUUUUGUUGUGUUGUUAUAAUAAAUGAGGUACUGACUGAUUUAGAUUUGAAUUACACUGGUGCCAGAAUUAACCAAAAACUCACUUUAAUUUGACCCAAAUCCUGAACAGCAUUCGGAUUUUUAAAACCAUUUCUGCACUUGUGAAGUCCCUGCAGUCCUUGCUGGUUUAUUUUUUACCCCUCUGUCCCAGUUAUGGAUCCCCAGACUGGCCCAUACCUCAACAAAAGGGCGCUGUGCUCUCCCUUGGGUGCUGCCCGUGUGUGUCAGCUGGCUCUGGGCUGUGCUGUCAUUGCCCUGAUCGCCCACGGAGCAGGGUACAGCGGGUCGCACGGGGAGUUCUGUAUGGCAGCGUGGUGCUUCUGCUUCGCCAUGACAGUCGUGAUCUUCUUCCUGGAUGCGACUCGUCUCUACAGUUGUCUGCCCAUCUCCUGGGACAACUUCACAGUGACAUGUGCGGCCUUUGCUACACUCAUGUAUGUAACAGCAUCUGUGGUCUAUCCACUCUUCUUCGUGCGUUCCGAGUGCCCCUAUGAAGGUUGCCACAUCCGGAACUUUCGUAUUGCAGUCACUGUUUGUUCGAUCCUGUGUACAGUGUCCUAUGGGGUAGAGGUGGCCCUGUGCCGAGCCAGGCCAGGACAGGCUGUGGUGGGCUACAUGGCCACAGUCUCUGGACUACUCAAAGUGGUCCAGGGUUUUGUGGCGUGCAUUAUAUUUGGAGCUCUGGCCAACAAGAGCGAGUAUUCCCGAUAUGAAGCCACCAUCUACUGUGUGGUGGUGUAUUCUUUCUGCUUUGCCCUCACAGCUGUAGUGGUCUUGAUGACAGUGUGUGGCAGGACUAGAACUGUUCUGUGCAUGCCUUUUGAGCGGUUUGUUGUGGUCUGUACACUGCUGGAGGUGCUGCUGUACCUGAGCGCGUCAGUGGUGUGGCCAGUUUUCUGUUUUGAGUCUAAAUACGGGUCUCCAGAGAGGCCAUACCACUGUCCCCGGGGGAAGUGCCCAUGGGACAGUAAACUGGUGGUGGCUGUUUUCUCCUUUGUUAACCUGAUCUUGUAUGGGGCAGACCUUCUGUACUCUCAGACCAUGAAGUUUGUGUCCACGCGUCUGCCCACUGCUCCAAGGGUCUAGGUGUCAACA